GAAAAACUUAGAGGUGUUUCCCAACAUAAGAAAUAUAUAUAAAGGGGUAGUUCGCUAAAACUUAGUCCCAAACUAUAAGCCUUUGGUUCCACCAAGUCUUUCAGUGAGUGUUUGUGAGGUAUACUUAAUGGCAAGGAUGUCUGAUCCUCUUGUGAUAGGGAGGGUGGUAGGGGAUGUAGUGGACAAUUUCAGUCCAUGUGUGGAGAUGUCUGUAACGUACAACUCAUCAAAGCAAGUGUACAACGGGCAUGAGCUGUUUCCUUCAUCUGUCACAGCCAAACCUAAGGUUGAUGUUCGUGGUAGUGACAUGAGAUCUUUCUUUACACUGAUUAUGACAGACCCAGAUGUUCCUGGUCCUAGUGAUCCAUAUCUCAGAGAGCACUUGCACUGCUUGUGAUAAAGAUUGGGGUGGGUUCAAGAAUCAAGUUUCUCUGUGAAUCAGGACUGAAACUGAAAGGUUAAUGAAUUAAAACUUUCUAUUUUGGUUUUGUAUGAAAUAAAACUUUCUAUUUUGGAGUUCAGGAUACUUUUAAAAUCUAGAAAUAAUUGAACAUUUUUUUUGGAUAUAUAUGAAUUGUGUUAUUUUGAGCUGUCGCAAUAGAUAACUGAUUUCGAUAUUAUAAAACCCUUUGUAGGGUUUUAUAGUAUUACACGUGCGUUCCCGGUGAUCUAUUCAUAUGUUUUACCUGGACUUUCAAUUAAUUAUGGAAAUGUUAUCUGAACAUUUAAUCGAUUAACAAUAUGUUUACAAAAUGCA